AUGACUUUAACCUUCAAAGCUCUGUUAUGUCUAGGACUGACUCUGGGCCUGGGGACCCCAGUACUGGCAGGGGCCCUCCCUAAACCUAUCCUCAGAGUACUGCCAGACUCUGUGGUCUCUGAGAAUAUGACAGUGACCUUCUUGUGUGAGGGGACCACAGGAGCAAAAGAGUACAGUCUCUACAAAGAUAGACACAAAUAUUUAAGACACACAGAGAAUCCACAGACACCUAAGGACAAGGCGGAAUUCUCAAUCUCAAAAAUAGACCACAAACAUGCAGGAUGAUAUCGCUGUCACUACAGGACCGGUGAUGGAUUGUCAGAGUUCAGUGACUCCCUGGAGCUGGUGGUGACAGGAGCCUACAGUAAACCCAGCCUGUCAGCCAAGCCUAGUCAUGUGGUGACUGAAGGAGGGAAUGUCACCCUGAACUGUAUCUCAAGACAGCAAUAUAGUAGGUUUAUUCUGGUAAAGGAAGGACCACAGAAGCUCUCCUGGACACAAGACUCACAGUAUAACUACUCUACUAGAGAGUUCCAGGCCCUGUUCUCUGUGGGCCCUGUGACCUCUGGUCAAAGGUGGACAUUCAGAUGCUACAGCUUUAAGAAGAACAAACCACAGCUGUGGUCAGAACCUAGUGACCCCCUGGAGCUCCUGGUCUCAGGGACCCUACACAAACUGACCAUCAAGGCUGAGCCAGGCUCUGUGGUCACUUGCAGAAGUGCUGUGACCAUCUGGUGUGAGGGGACCAUGAAUGCAGAAAUAUGUGUUCUGCAUAAAGAGGAAAGCCAGAAAACCUGGGGCACACAGACCCCAGAGAUGCCUGAGAACAAGGCCAAGUUCUCCAUCCCUUCUGUGACACAGGAACAUGGAGGACAAUAUCACUGUUAUUGUUACAGCUCAGCUGGCUGGUCAGAGCGCAGUGACACCCUGGAGAUUGUGGUGACAGGAAUCUACUACAAGAAACCCCACCUGACGGCCCUGCCUAGCCCUGUGAUAUCCCCAGGAGGGAAUAUAACUCUCAAGUGUAUCUCAUGGGUGGGAUAUGACAAGCUCAUUCUCACCAAGGAAGAUCAGAAGUUCCUCAGCUCCAUGAACUCACAGUAUAUACACAGUAUUAGGCAGUACCAAGCCUAUUUCUUUAUAGCUUCUAUGACCCAAGAUCAUAUAGGGACAUUUCAAUGUUAUGGCUACUACAAUGAUACCCCACAGUUAUGGUCAGUACCCAGUGACCACUUGAAAAUAUACAUCUCAGGUCUGUCCAAGAAGCCCUCCUUGCUCACUCACCAAGGCCAUAUCCUGGACCCUGGGAAGAGCCUCACCCUGCAGUGUUGCUCUGACAUCAACUAUGACAGAUUUCUUCUGUACAAGGUAGGAGAAGACAACCUGACUGAGCACGGGAACCAGCAAACCAAGACUGGCUUCUCCUUGUCCAACUUCACACUAGAUUCUGUGAGCAGCUCCACUGGAGGCCAAUACAGAUGCUAUGGUGCAUACAAUCUCUCCUCUGAGUGGUCAGCCUCCAGUGACCCCCUGGAUAUCCUGAUCGCAGGACAGCUUCCCUUCAGUCCUUCCCUCUCAAUGAAGCCUAACUCCACAGUACACUCUGGAGACAACGUGACCCUGCUGUGUCAGUCAACAAACAAAGUAGACACUUUCAUUCUGUCCAAGGAGGGAGCAGCCCAACAACCCCAGCAACUAAAAUCAAAAUUUCAAGUUUGGGAUUUCCAGGCAGAAUUCUCCAUGAGUGCUGUGACCACUGCUCUCUCAGGCACCUACAGGUGCUAUGGUUCUUGGGACUCAUCUCUCUACCUGCUGACACAAGCCAGUGACCCUGUGGAGCUCACAGUCUCAGGAUCCAUUAGACCUUCCAGUCCACCACCCUCAGGGCCUAUGCCAACACCUGCCUCAGAGAACCAGGAUCACACACUGGAGAAUCUCAUCAGGAUGGGGAUGGCUGUCAUGAUCCUCAUAGUCAUUGGAAUUCUCAUCUUUGAAGGUUGGUGGAGCCAGAGACAGGGCAAACACGUAGCUGGGAUGACCUAUUGGAGCCUCCAGACCACCCCCAUCAAGACCCAUGCCAAGGGCCGGACUGGAAGGGUACCUGAGGCUCUGGGUAGAGUCUCUGUGGCCUUCCUCCUGUUCCUCUUCAUCCUCAUCUUCCUCCUCUAACGAAGGCAUCAGGGAAAAUUCAGGAAGGAUGGCCAUAAAGAUAUGGAGUUGCAACUUACUACAGGAGCUGCAGAGCCUGUAACCAGAGACAGAGGCUCCCAGAAGAGAUCCAAUCCAGCUGCUGCCACCCAGGAAGAAAGACUUUACACUUCAGUAGAGGACACACAACCUGAGGAUGGUGCCAAUCUGGACAAUUGGAGACCAGCUGAGGAAGACCCCCAGGGAGGGAAAUAUGCCCAGGUGAAAGGCUCCAGGCUCAGGAGGGCAGGAGCUAUCCUUCCUUCUGUCAUGUCAGAAGUCCUGGACACCAAAGAUGGACAAGCAGAAGAUGACAGAGAGAUGGACAGUCAGGUUGCUGAAUCCAAGGAGCCCCAGGAUGUGACCUAUGCCCAACUAUGUAUGAUCAGGUCACUUAGACAGGGGACAGCUGCACCUCCUCCCUCCCAGGCAGGGGAGGCCCCAGAGGAGUCCACUGUAUAUGCUGCUCUGGCAGUCACUCAACUGGAUUCUGUUCCCAGUAACAAGGAGCAAUGA